UGUUGCUUCUGUUCUGUUCGCUGUCUCGCUUAUUACGGCGAAACGAACCGUUCGCAGUGUUAGAAUUUUUGUGAAGAAAAUUUGUUCUUAUCGCUUGGAUAGAGAUAUGAAACUCAUAUUAUCUAAAUACCGUGUUGUUCGUUUAUUUUAGUGCUGAUUGUGAUGAGGAAGUGUGUUGAAUUUUUCUAAACAUUAACAGUGAAGUGAUUGCAAGCAAGCGAAUCUUAAAUUGCUCUGUCUGCUUUGAUUAUCGUGCUUUAUUUGUGACAACGUUCGAGUAAAACACAAAAAUGCAAGCGAUUAAAUGUGUGGUUGUCGGCGAUGGAGCCGUCGGUAAAACCUGCCUGCUCAUCAGUUACACGACAAAUGCCUUCCCGGGUGAAUACAUACCCACUGUAUUCGACAAUUACUCAGCGAAUGUGAUGGUAGAUGGCAAACCUAUCAACUUGGGCCUAUGGGAUACGGCUGGUCAAGAAGAUUACGACCGUUUACGGCCGCUCUCGUACCCACAGACCGAUGUCUUCCUUAUAUGCUUCUCACUUGUCAACCCGGCCUCCUUCGAAAACGUUCGCGCUAAGUGGUAUCCCGAAGUAAGACAUCACUGCCCAUCGACGCCUAUAAUCCUAGUCGGUACUAAACUUGAUCUUCGCGAAGACAAGGACACAAUUGAGAAGCUGAAGGACAAGAAAUUGGCACCUAUUACGUACCCACAGGGUCUUGGUAUGGCGAAAGAGAUCACGGCAGUGAAAUACCUGGAGUGCUCCGCCCUCACGCAGAAGGGUCUGAAGACAGUGUUCGACGAGGCGAUCCGCGCCGUCCUGUGCCCCUCGCAGCCCAUCAAGUCGCGAAGUCGGAAAUGUAGUAUUCUGUAAUUCCGCCGCUGAAGGUUGCGUUACAUGAUCGUGUAGACGUACAUGGAAGCAAGUGUAAACAGCAUAGCUUAUAAACAUAUAGCGCACCAAAAGAACCGUCUAGCAGUUGGACACAACAGUGUGCUAAACAAAUGGACUGCAAUAAAUGCAUACUUAGACGUUAAUUUUUACUGUUUAAUACAUAUUAUUAAUUGUAACGUGGGUUGGUGUGAGUGGAGUCCGUAAUGUAAUCGCUUUUGUAUAAUCCGAAUGAAUUUUAUACGGUCUGAGGUGGACUGAGUCUAUGGCACUUGUAAUUUUUUAAUAUAUGAAAGUAGGCAACAACAUUCAUCGUAUGCGGUUUAAAUAGAAAAAGUUAACCUACUUAGUUAUGCCAUUUGUAUCCCGUUUUUUUUAUUGGACGCUUUGCCCUCACGCGAUGGGAUCUUACAAAAGUUACAUUCCUACAUUGUUGCUGAAAAUAAACUUUAUCAUUCGGUGCAAAUUGUUCUUUCUCUCCUAUAUAUCUUAAUAUCGGUGAUUAAUAUGGAAUUGUUGAAAUUUAUGUUAGACAGAGAUUAUAUUUUUCGAUUUAUUAUUACUUAUUUUUGUUUCCCAUUGUUGUAUUUCAUGUCUAGGUGUCGAUAAGUACAGUAUUUGUUAAGGACCCAUUUUAUGAUUUGAGCUCGUAUAAAACAAUAUAUGUAGGUCCAUUUUGUUGUUUUCACAAUUAGAAUGUAAUGGGUUAAUUUGCUUGGGCUUCCGUCAAGGCUGAGGUGUAAGGCGCCACACACUUUUACGCACAACGGAAUAUUGCGCCUGUUUGCGAUUUAGAGCCUGUAAAUAUCAAAAUUUGUAUGAAAAUUUGUCAACUCACGAAAUUAGUGCGCUCUCGACUUGCCACUGAGCUUGAUAUUAUCGCUUUUAGCCGGUAUGGAAUCGAUAUCUAUGUAUUGGGUUCGAAU